GGACAACCCGGCCCUGCCCCCUUCCCUAGCGAGGUGCCCAUCAACUUCGGAAGAAAGUUUGGCAUCAAUCUCAGCCGUUGGUGUCUUGAGGAUGGGCAGGGUCCGGCUGGCCUGGUGCUUGGCGCUGUGCUGCUGGGGUUGUGCAACUCCUAAGGACACACAGACCGAGGUCGGCAGCCCAUUUGUGGGGAACCCAGGGAAUAUCACAGGUGCCAGAGGACUCACAGGGACCCUUCGGUGUGAGCUCCAGGUCCAGGGGGAACCCCCUGAGGUGUCAUGGCUUCGAGAUGGACAGAUCCUAGAACUGGCUGAUAACACCCAGACCCAGGUGCCCCUGGGCGAAGACUGGCAAGACGAAUGGAAAAUCGUCAGUCAGCUCAGAAUCUCAGCCCUGCAACUUUCAGAUGCAGGAGAGUACCAGUGUAUGGUGCACCUGGAAGGACGGACCUUUGUGUCUCAGCCUGGCUUCGUAGGGCUGGAAGGUCUACCGUACUUCCUGGAGGAGCCUGAAGACAGAGCUGUGCCUGCCAACACCCCCUUUAACCUAAGCUGCCAGGCCCAGGGACCCCCGGAACCCGUGACCCUACUCUGGCUUCAAGAUGCUGUCCCCCUAUCCCCAGUCGCAGGAUACAGCUCUCAGCACAGUCUGCAAGCUCCAGGCCUGAACAAGUCGUCUUCUUUCUCAUGUGAAGCUCACAAUGCCAAGGGAGUCACCACUUCCCGCACAGCCACCAUCACAGUGCUCCCCCAGAGGCCUCACCAUCUCCACGUGGUUUCCAGACAUCCCACAGAGCUAGAGGUAGCUUGGACCCCUGGCCUGAGUGGUAUCUAUCCACUCACCCACUGCAACCUGCAGGCUGUGCUGUCAGACGAUGGGGUGGGUGUCUGGCUGGGAGAGGCAGAUCCUCCAGAAGAGCCCCUCACGUUGCAAGUAUCAGUGCCCCCCCACCAGCUUCGGCUGGAAAAGCUCCUUCCUCAUACCCCAUAUCACAUCCGGGUAUCCUGCACCAGCAGCCAGGGCCCCUCACCUUGGACCCACUGGCUUCCUGUGGAGACCACGGAGGGAGUGCCCUUGGGUCCCCCUGAGAACGUUAGCGCCAUGCGGAAUGGGAGCCAGGCCCUCGUGCGUUGGCAGGAGCCAAAGUUGCCCCUGCAGGGCACCCUGUUAGGGUACCGGCUGGCAUAUCGAGGCCAGGACACCCCCGAGGUACUUAUGGACAUAGGGUUAACUCAAGAGGUGACCUUGGAACUGCGGGGGGACAGGCCCGUGGCUAACCUGACUGUGUCUGUGGCAGCCUAUACCUCGGCUGGGGAUGGGCCCUGGAGCCUUCCUGUGCCCCUAGAGCCCUGGCGCCCAGGGCAAGGACAGCCACUCCACCAUCUGGGUCACACUCCUGCUUCCCUCCCAUGUCACUCCCACUUGGGCCCCAGGGAAUUGGAUCCAGGGGCCUUAGCUGUGAUCUGUCCCCCAUACCCUCUGACAGUGAGCGAACCCCCACCUCUCGCCUUCUCGUGGCCUUGGUGGUAUGUACUCCUGGGAGCACUUGUGGCCGCUGCCUGUGUCCUCAUCUUGGCCCUGUUCCUUGUCCAUCGGAGGAAAAAGGAGACUCGAUAUGGGGAGGUGUUCGAGCCAACCGUGGAAAGAGGCGAACUGGUAGUCAGGUACCGUGUCAGAAAGUCUUACAGUCGCCGGACCACCGAAGCCACCUUGAACAGUCUGGGCAUCAGCGAAGAGCUGAAGGAGAAACUACGGGACGUCAUGGUAGAUCGGCAUAAGGUGGCCUUGGGGAAGACCCUAGGAGAAGGAGAAUUUGGUGCUGUGAUGGAGGGCCAGCUCAACCAGGAUGACUCCAUCCUCAAGGUCGCUGUGAAGACCAUGAAAAUUGCCAUCUGCACAAGAUCAGAGCUGGAGGAUUUCCUGAGUGAAGCUGUCUGCAUGAAGGAAUUUGACCACCCCAACGUCAUGAGGCUCAUUGGCGUCUGUUUCCAGGGUUCUGACCGAGAGGGUUUCCCAGAACCUGUGGUCAUCUUGCCUUUCAUGAAACACGGAGACCUACACAGUUUCCUCCUGUACUCCCGGCUCGGGGACCAGCCAGUGUUCCUGCCCACUCAGAUGCUGGUGAAGUUCAUGGCCGACAUUGCUAGUGGUAUGGAGUACCUGAGUACCAAGAGAUUCAUACACCGAGACCUGGCUGCCAGGAACUGCAUGCUGAAUGAGAACAUGUCCGUGUGUGUGGCAGACUUCGGGCUCUCCAAGAAGAUCUACAACGGGGAUUACUACCGCCAAGGGCGCAUUGCCAAGAUGCCAGUCAAGUGGAUUGCUAUCGAGAGUUUGGCAGAUCGAGUCUACACCAGCAAGAGCGACGUGUGGUCCUUCGGUGUGACAAUGUGGGAGAUCGCCACCCGAGGCCAAACUCCCUAUCCAGGGGUGGAGAACAGUGAGAUUUACGACUACCUGCGUCAAGGAAAUCGCCUGAAACAGCCUGUGGACUGUCUGGAUGGCCUGUAUGCCCUGAUGUCCCGGUGCUGGGAGCUGAACCCUCGAGACCGGCCAAGUUUUGCAGAACUCCGGGAAGACUUGGAGAACACAUUGAAGGCUCUGCCCCCUGCUCAGGAGCCCGAUGAAAUCCUCUAUGUCAACAUGGAUGAGGGCGGAAGCCACCUUGAGCCCCGUGGUGCUGCUGGAGGAGCUGACCCCCCAACCCAACCUGAUCCUAAGGAUUCCUGUAGCUGUCUCACUGCAGCUGACGUCCACUCGGCUGGACGCUAUGUCCUUUGUCCUUCUACAGCCCCAGGACCCACUCUGUCUGCUGACAGAGGCUGCCCAGCACCUCCGGGGCAGGAGGACGGAGCCUGAGACAAUCUUCCACCUGGGACACUCUCUCAGGACCCAAGCUAGGCACUGCCACUGGGGGAAAGCUCACCCCACUCUGCCACUCCAGGCCUUCUCCCCAGCUAUAGAAUGGCCUUCCCUCCCUUCUCAGAUUCAGUCCAGAAAGCUGUGUCCUGCUUUCUGUGCCCUAAACACCCUAUCCAUAACAAGAAGGGUUGGGUUGCAGUCGCAAAGCAUCGUCUCAGAUCUUCCAUCCCAGCAUUUCUAGAUUUUAGAGUUCAAAGUUCUCAAAGAUGACGAGUCUUUGAUUCUAUGGAACCCAGAUGCUGGUUUCUAGGUCUGAAGUGCUGUUGCUAUGGACAAGGCCCACUGUCUGAAGGCUCUGAGAUUCUGUGCCUCUAGAUUUUUCUAGUUCUAUAAUUCUUAGCAAUGCCCCUGUGGUUUUAGGUUGCGCUGCUCUGAGAUUCCAGGAAUUAAGGCUUAAUAAUUCUAGACUUCAUUUUUCUGGAGCCCAGGGUCCUGUCCGUGGAAGACUAUAGAUUUUUAAAUUCUAAAAAUUUUAGGGAUGAAGGUUCUAAGGUACACUGUUCUCCAAUUUAACAAUGUAAGGCUCAUGUUGGAAUUCUCCAAAUCAUAAUGUUUCAAACUUUUUUUUUUAAUUUCUAAGAUUCCAGUGAUGGUGAACCACAGUUUCUGAGGCCUUAUGACCCUACAUUCUUUUAUAUAAGAUCCUGCAUCUUAAGGAGAUGUGAGUCUAGACUCUGAAAUUCAAAAGCUUUAAGAUUCUCCAGACAGAUACGAUGUGACGAUAAUCUAAAAUUUGUUCCAAGGUUCUAGAUUCUUCAGCUUCCACAUCAUAUGCUCCCAAGAUCCCAGAUCACUGAACUCUCAAACCCUCAAGUUGGCCUGAUCUUCAUCUCAGGCACUGUCUGAUGCUGUAGGUCCAAGACAAUGGGUCCUUGGUGUCUAAGUCAUAAGAGGCUCACAGUUAAUUAUGACUAACGAAACACCAAAGUUCUAACCAUUUCUAAUGCUGGACACCUCUAGGUUCUAUGCUGCCUUCUGCCUUUCUAGCACACAAUUAAAUGUCCAAGGAUCCAUAUGUGUAAAGAUCUUAAAUCUCUAAGUGCUAUAACUUAAGAAUCCAGUGUUCUGAGUGCCUAAGAUUCUAAAGGCCCACAAGGUACGAUUCCAAGGAUGGAAGCUUGCAGCCAUCCUAAGCCCUUUCCCUCCUUAGGCACCCAUGCUUCCUCCUCUCCGAGUGCGGGGUGCACCCCACCUUGAGCCUGUGCAAUGCAUUGGGAAUGCCUCCUUUCCUCCAAGGGAUGGGUCAUCUCCCCUCCUUCUGGGCCAUGCUGCCCCUUGAGCCAGUCCCUUGUCCCUGUUCUGAAGUAUGGACUCUGGUGCCUCCAGAGAGGCUCAGAUCACAUAAAACUUUUGUCAAUCACU